AUUGGAUACCAAAUUUGAGACUCUCUCAACUUUCUCUUUCCCUUGCCGUCACAAACUCACAAUCGUCAAUUGCUAAACCAUAAUUCACAAAACGACAACACACUAUCCAAAACGGCAACACCAGCAUCUCCGAUUCUCUCUACACUUUCUCUCUCAUUCCAUCCAAUCCUCGAUCCGAGCCUCACGAUUGAACCGUCGUGCCGGAAACUUCUUGAAGAUGGAGGAGGGUAAGCUUGCUAAAGAACUUUAUGCUGAAAGUUUACAAUUCUCUAAAUUAGAAUUAAGUUCGAAUCACGCCGAUGAUCACGGCGAUAAAUUAAAAGAUUGUGAUGGUGAUAAUUUGAAUCUUGAUGAUUCUUUGUGGGGUGAUUCUGAUGAUGACAAGGUGAAUAAGUCAUCGGAUUUGGACCGGGAGUGGCAGAGGAGGCAUGACCAAUUCCAUACGAUUGGUUAUCGAGAAGGUCUUAUAGCAGCUAAGGAAGCUUCUGCACAAGAGGGAUUCAAUAUCGGUUUUAAACAAUCUGUACACGCUGGUUAUAGCUGGGGUGUUGUAAGAGGAGUAGCUAGUGCUUUUGCUCAUCUUCCAAAUCAGUUAAAAGAGAAAUUGGUUGAAUCACUAGAAAAGAGAAAUGAAUUCCAAGAGCUGUAUGAAUCAGUGCAAUCUUUGUCAACACCAGAUGCCCUUAGGUUGUUUCACGAAGACUUCAAAGCACAAGAAGCCUCGGAACAAAAUGAACACACAGAUGUUAGCGGCCACACAGUAAGUUUGCAAGAGCAAAUUUCCCAUAACUCUCCUCUGACAAAUUAUCGUGCACAGCUUGAAUCUCUGAUUUGUGAUACUCCUGCUAUUGACAGUCAUUUACCUGAACCGAAAUAAAUGGUGAUACCUUGUAUUGUAUGUAAAAUACUUUAGCCUAGAAUGGUAAGGCCUUCUUGUGGAAACUAUCUUCCAUUUACAUGAUUGUAAAAACUUAUAAAUUGUGUAAUUCAGUUCCAUCCAUAAACUCCGUUUUUUAAAAUGAUAGCCAUGUUUUUUAUACAAA